AUGGCGAGCGAUGUUGCUAAAGUGGGCGACCGCGAGGAGCGAGAGUCCUGCUCAACUUGUCAAGAUUUGGCCUUCCGCGAUGAAAUUUGGACUCCAUUUCGAACUGCCCGAGAAGAUGGUAAUCUCUGGAAAGUCAACGCGUCAUACGAGUCGUUGCGUCUAUCUUCGGCCAAGGGGUGUACCUCCUGCGUCUUGCUUUAUCAAUUGUCAAGAAUCAUGUUGAAAGACAUAGAUCUCGUCACGCCCGAGCUCGUCGUAUCUAAAUACGGAUGGUGGUGGGAAGACUCGAUUUUGUCUAUAGAUAUGGAACAUGGCGAUACCAAGUUGAAGCAAUCAUUUCACAUUGGCCAAGUGGCUUUGCAGCUCACUGCUCAUACCAUCAAUGACUUCAAACAAAAUCUCCCUUUUGAGGAACUGCCAAAAACAUUCCAGGAUGCUGUUACAAUCUGUGCUUCUCUUGACGUCUAUUACAUCUGGAUAGACUCACUAUGUAUUUUGCAAGAUUCUCCAGGAGACUGGGCUAUUCAGGGCUCAAAGAUGACCCAAAUAUAUGGAAAGCAAGCAAAAACGCUUGAGACCCAAAACUAUCAGGUCCAUAUCCGAAAGCGUGUGGAGAUGACUUAUAUGGGCGGAUUCCCUCAUCAUCAGUCUGGAGUGUAUGACGCCGACGAGGGUCCGGAUGACGAACACCUGGGGGGUUACCUAUCGAGGCGCGGUUGGUGCCUCCAGGAAAGCUAUCUCCCAAGCCGCCUCCUGCAUUUCGCCAUCGACCACGUGAGCUGGCACUGUGCAACGGAUGCAUUUUGCGAAUGUGAGUACGGUCCCCUCGACAAGAACAAAAAGCGGUCUCGCUACCUCAGCGAUGGUCUGGAGCCAGGUCGUAUAAUAGACCGGGAAAACCUGAAGGAAGACUGGGAAGGCGUCGUCACGGAGUAUACUCGCCGACGACUUACCUUCUCUUCGGACCGACUGGCGGCUUUGGCCGGGCUCGCGGCUCGCGGCUCGCGCUUACAAUGGGCAUCCUGA